UUUAUUCUAGAACCAAGUUGUUUACGUUGGUUCACUAUUAAUUGAACAUGAUGAAAUAUCUAUUGACAUUGUUGUUCGCCUUGGCCGUAAAGGGGUGCGUCGGCCAAAACGCCAACAUAUCCAACAGAUAUUUUCCGGAAUCUUUCCUGUUUGGUGCCGCCACUGCUGCCUAUCAAAUCGAAGGCGGCUGGAACGAAGAUGGGAAAGGCGAGAGCAUGUGGGACCGAUUCGUCCACGAUAACCCCAGCAGAGUGGCUGACCGACAAAGUGGAGAUGUAGCUUGCGAUAGUUACCACAAAUGGAGGGAGGACAUCCAACUUCUUAAGGAACUCGGAGUGAAACUGUACAGAUUUUCAAUAGCGUGGACUAGGAUCAUGCCCGACGGUACACCAGCUGUUAUAAAUCAGGCUGGAAUUGACUAUUAUAAAAAUUUUAUUCAGGAACUACGUGCUAACGACAUUGAACCGCUAGUCACGCUCUACCACUGGGACCUGCCCCAACAUCUAUUGGAAUUGGGAGGGUGGCUGAAUGUACAGACUGCGGAUUAUUUCGCCGAAUACGCGCGCGUUGUUUUCGAGAAUUUGGGACCCUACGUGAAACUAUGGGCUACAGUCAACGAACCGAAAACGACAUGCAUGAAUGGACACGGAUGGGGAACUCACGCGCCUGGUUUGAAGUUGAUAGGAGACGGAGUGUACCAGUGUGCUUACGUACAACUUUUGGCUCACGCCAAGGCCUGGCGGGUGUACGAUGAGGAAUUCAGAGCUUCUCAGGGAGGAAAAAUUAGCUUAGUAUUGGAUUGUACGUGGGCCGAACCUGCCUCAGACAGUGCUCUCGAUGCGGAAGCGGCGGAAAGGGAUCUUCAGUUUAACCUUGGAUGGUACGCGAACCCGGUUUACAGGGGUAAUUGGCCUCAGGAAAUGAUUGACAGGAUAGCAAAUCGAAGUUCACUGGAAGGUUAUCCAUUCUCCCGGCUGCCCGAAUUUACUCCGGAACAAAUAGACCUUGUCAACGGAACUUUCGACUAUUUCGGCCUCAACAUGUAUACCGCUAGCCUAGUUCAGUGGCAGGACGACAGCCCUAUAUCGAUCCCCGACUACAGUUUGGAUAAGAAUACGAACAACUACGUCUCCCCAGAUUGGCCAAAGUCGGUAUCCGAUUGGCUGACCUCUUAUCCGUCAGGCAUGAGGAAACUUUUGAAUUGGGUAAACAACAAGUACCACCCGUCGGAAAUAUUUGUGACAGAGAAUGGUUGGUCAGAUAACGGACAACUGGACGAUCAAGGUCGAUUGACUUAUUUGCAGAGCUACCUGAGUAACAUGUUGGACGCCAUUUUGGAGGACGGUAUAAACGUAGUGGGCUACACGACGUGGAGUUUCAUGGACAAUUUCGAAUGGCAUCUGGGUUACACUGAAAAAUUCGGAAUCCUCCAAGUCGAUUUUAACAGCCCGAAUAGAACCAGAACGUUUAAGAGUUCCGGUAAAUGGUAUCAGAGGCUCGCGACCACCAGAUGCUUGCUGGAUCAAUGUGUGGAUUAAAAUUUGUCGAAUCGUUUCAAAUUCACAUUAAAU